UCGGUGUUGGUCGCCGCGGUGUCUCUAGCCUCAGGUGGGCGCGCUGCGCGGGUGAACUGAGGAAAGAAGGGCUGGCGUGAGUGCGCUCCGCUGCCGCAGGAGUCAGCCCUAGAGCGUUUCCUCCCUGCCGGCUCGGACCCGGCCGCCCUUCCUCCCGGCCCCCCCCCCCCGGCCCGGGUCUUUGGGGACCCCUCCCUUCCUCUCCGGAGCCAUGAAGCUGGUGAGGAAGGACAUCGAGAAGGACAACGCGGGCCAGGUGACGCUGGUCCCCGAGGAGCCGGAGGACAUGUGGCACACCUACAACCUGGUGCAGGUGGGCGACAGCCUGCGGGCCUCCACCAUCCGCAAGGUGCAGACCGAGUCCUCCACGGGCAGCGUGGGCAGCAACCGCGUGCGCACCACCCUCACCCUCUGCGUGGAGGCCAUCGACUUUGACUCCCAGGCCUGCCAGCUGCGGGUCAAGGGGACCAACAUCCAGGAGAACGAGUACGUCAAGAUGGGAGCGUACCACACCAUCGAGCUGGAGCCCAACCGCCAGUUCACCCUGGCCAAGAAACAGUGGGACAGUGUGGUGCUGGAGCGCAUCGAGCAGGCCUGCGACCCGGCCUGGAGCGCCGACGUGGCCGCCGUGGUCAUGCAGGAAGGCCUGGCCCACGUCUGCUUGGUCACGCCCAGCAUGACCCUCACGCGGGCCAAGGUAGAGGUGAACAUCCCCAGGAAACGGAAAGGCAACUGCUCCCAGCACGACCGGGCGUUGGAGAGGUUCUACGAACAGGUGGUCCAGGCCAUCCAGCGCCACAUCAACUUCGACGUGGUGAAGUGCAUCCUGGUGGCUAGCCCGGGAUUUGUUCGGGAGCAGUUCUGUGACUACAUGUUUCAGCAGGCAGUGAAGACCGACAACAAAGUGCUUCUGGAAAACCGAUCCAAAUUUCUGCAGGUCCAUGCCUCCUCUGGACACAAGUACUCCCUGAAAGAGGCUCUUUGUGACCCUUCUGUAGCUAGCCGACUUUCAGACACGAAAGCUGCUGGGGAAGUGAAAGCCUUGGAUGACUUCUAUAAAAUGUUACAGCAUGAACCUGACCGUGCUUUCUAUGGACUCAAGCAGGUGGAGAAGGCCAAUGAAGCUUUGGCAAUUGACACAUUACUCAUCAGUGAUGAGCUCUUCAGGCACCAGGAUGUAGCCGCCAGGAGCCGGUAUGUGAGGCUGGUGGACAGUGUGAAAGAGAACGCAGGCACAGUUAGGAUAUUCUCCAGUCUUCAUGUAUCUGGGGAACAGCUGAGCCAGUUGACUGGAGUAGCUGCCAUUCUCCGAUUCCCUGUUCCUGACCUUUCUGACCAAGAGGAUGAUUCCAGUUCUGAAGAGGAUUAAUGACAGAAACAAUUGAGACAACCUGUCCUCAGCCCUUCACAUUUUCUCAGCAUCCCUUGACAGGAAGCUGCAAAGAGUGUCACUUUCUGACUCAUACUAGGAUUUCUUAUGUAUUUGGUCACACUAGCUAUUUUAUGGUUACAAGAAGUGUUCAGACUAAACAAUAAAAGAGAAUAAUCUUUA